UGUUCCCACUGUGGAAAGAGUUUUAACCAGAAAGGACACCUGAACCAACAUGAGAGAAUACACACAGGGGAGAAGCCUUACCACUGCUCCCAGUGUGGAAAGGGUUUUAACCAGAAAAGCUACCUGAAAAAACACGGGAGAAUACACAUAGAGGAGAAGCCUUACCACUGCUCCCAGUGUGGAAAGAGUUUUACCCACUUGUGUAAUCUGAAAACACAUGAGAGAAUACACACAGGAGAAAAGCUGUACCACUGCUCCCAGUGUGGAAAGAGUUUUACCCACUUACGUAACCUGAAAACACAUGAGAGAAUACACACAGGGCAGAAGCCUUACUAUUGCUCCCAGUGUGGAAAGAAUUUUACUCACUUAAAAAACCUGAAAACACAUGAGCAAUUACACACAGGGGAGAAGCCUUACUGCUGCUCCCAGUGUGGAAAGCGUUUUAACCAGAAAAGCUACCUGAAAAAACACGAGAGAAUACACACAGGAGAAAAGCCUUACCACUGCUCCCAGUGUGGGAAGGGUUGUAACCAGUUAGGUGACCUGAAACGACAUGAGAGAAUACACACAGGAGAAAAGCUGUACUAUUGUUCCCAGUGUGGAAAAGGUUGUAACCACUUAGGUGACCUGAAACGACAUGAGAGAAUACACACAGGAGAAAAUCUGUACUAUUGUUCCCAGUGUGGAAAGGGUUGUAACCACUUAGGUGACCUGAAACGACAUGAGAGAAUACACACAGGAAAAAAGCUGUACCACUGCUCCCAGUGUGGAAAGAGUUUUACCCACUUACGUAACCUGAAAACGCACGAGAUAAUACAUACAGGGGAGAAGCCUUACCACUGCUCCCAGUGUGGAAAGCGUUUUAUCCACUUAUGUAACCUGAAAACACAUGAGCAGUUACACACAGGGGAGAAGCCUUACCACUGCUCCCAGUGUGGAAAGAGUUUUAAUCAGAAAAGCUACCUUAAAAAACACGAGAGAUCACACACAGGGGAGAAGCCUUACCACUGCUCCCAGUGUGGUAAGGGUUGUAACCAGUUAGGGGACCUGAAACAACAUGAGAGAGUACACACAGGAGAAAAGUUGUACCACUGCUCCCAGUGUGGAAAGAGUUUUACCCAGUUAGGGGUCCUGAAACGGCAUGAGAGAAUACACACGGGAGAGAAGCCUUACCACUGCUCCGAGUGUGGAAAAUGUUUUACCCAGUUAGGGGACCUGAAACGGCAUGAGAGAAUACACACAGGAGAAAAGCUGUACCACUGCUCCCAGUGUGGAAAGAGUUUUACCCAGGCAAGUUACUUGAAAAGACAUGAGAGGGUACACAUAAGAACGAAGCCACUCCAUUGCUCCCAGUGUGGAAAGAGUUUUAAGCGGUUAGACACCCUCAAAGCUCAUGAGCGAAUACACACAGGGGAGAAGCCAUGCCAUUGCGCUCAGUGUGGAAAGAGUUUUACCCAAUUAGGAAGCCUGAAAGAACACAUGAGACUGCACACAGGGGAGAGGCCUUACCACUGCUCCGAGUGUGGAAAGAGUUUUAAUCAGUCAGGAAGCCUGAAAGCUCAUGAGCGAAUACACACAGGGGAGAAGCCUUACCACUGCUCCCAUUGUGCAAAGCGUUUUAUCCAAUUAGGAAGCCUGAAAGAACACAUGAGAGUGCACACAGGGGAGAAGCCUUACCACUGCUCCCAUUGUGCAAAGCGUUUUAUCCAAUUAGGAAGCCUGAAAGAACACAUGAGAGUGCACACAGGGGAGAAGCCUUACCACUGCUCCCAAUGUGCCAAGCGUUUUACCCAUUUAGGAAACCUGAAAGAACACAAGAGACUGCACACAGGGGAGAAGCCUUACCACUGCUCCCGGUGUUCAAAGCGUUUUACCCAUUUAGGAAACCUGAAAGCUCAUGAGCGAAUACACACAGGGGAGAAGCCUUACCAUUGUUCCCACUGUGGAAAGCGUUUUAACUAUUCAGGAAAGCUGAAAGAACACAUGAGACUGCACACAGGGGAGAAGCCUUACAAAUGCUCAGACUGUGGGAAGACAUAUUACUCAUACCUGAAACAACAUGAGAGAAUCCACACAGGGGAGAAGCCUUACCACUGCUCCCAGUGUGGAAGGAGUUUUAGCCAUAAAGGAAACCUGAACCAACACGAGAGAAUACACACAGGGGAGAAGCCUUACCACUGCUCCCAGUGUGGAAAGAGUUUUAUCCAUAUAGGUAACCUGAAAAUACACGAGAGAAUACACACAGGGGAGAAGCCUUACCACUGCUCCCAGUGUGGAAAGAGUUUUAAAGAUUUAGGGAACCUGAAAAGACAUGAGAGAAUACACACAGGGGAGAAGCCUUACCACUGCUCCCAGUGUGGAAAGAGUUUUAACGAUUUAGGGAACCUGAAACAACAUGAGAGAAUACACACAGGGGAGAAGCCUUACCACUGCUCCCAGUGUGGAAAGAGUUUUAAAGAUUUAGGGAACCUGAAACGACAUGAGAGAAUACACACAGGGGAGAAGCCUUACCACUGCUCCCAGUGUGGAAAGCGGUUUAACCAGAAAGGACACCUGAAUGAACAGAGAAUACACACAGGGGAGAAGCCUUAUCACUGCUCCCAGUGUGGAAAGAGUUUUAUCCAUUUAGGUAACCUGAAAAAACAUGAGAGAAUACACACAGGGGAGAAGCCUUACCACUGCUCCCAGUGUGGAAAGAGUUUUAACCACAAAAGCAACCUGAACCAACACAAGAAAAUACAUAGAGGGGAGAAAAGACACCAGUGUUCCCACUGUGGAAAGUGUUUUAACCAGUUAGGGAACCUGAAAAAACAUGAGAGAAUACACACAGGGGAGAAGCCUUACCACUGCUCCCUUUGUGGAAAGAGUUUUAACCAAUUAAGCAGCCUGAAAGCUCAUGAGAUAAUACACACAGGGGAGAAAUCUUACCACUGCUCAGAGUGUGGAAGGUGUUUCAACCAGUCAGGGGGUCUGAAAAAACAUGAGAGAAUACACACAGGGGAGAAGCCUUACCACUGCUCCCAGUGUGGAAAGUGUUUCAGCUGGUCAUGGGAUCUGAAAAAACAUGAGAGAAUACACACAGGGGAGAAGCCUUAACACUGCUCCCAGUUUGGAAGGAGUUUUAACCAGAAAAGAAGCCUGAAAAUACAUGAGGGAAUACACACAGGGCAGAAGCCUUUCCAUUGCUCCCAGUGUGGGAAGAGUUUUAAGCGGUUAGACACCCUCAAAACUCAUGAGCGUAUACACACAAGGGAGAAGCCUUUCCAUUGCUCCCAGUGUGGGAUGAGUUUUAAGCGGUUAGACACCCUCAAAGCUCAUGAGUGUAUACACACAGGGGAGAAGCCUUACAAAUGCUCAGAAUGUGGGAAGAAGUAUAACUCAUUUCACUCACUUAAAAGUCAUGGGAGGAUUCACACAGGGGAGAAGCCUUACCUCUGCUCCCAGUGUGGCAAGUGUUUUAACUGGUUAGGGGCCCUGAAACAACAUGAGAGAAUACACACAGGGGAGAAGCCUUACCACUGCUCCCAAUGUGGAAAGAGUUUUGGUAACUUUGGAAACAUGAAAGCUCAUGAGCAAAUACACACAGGGGAGAAGCCUUACCACUGCUCCCAGUGUGGCAAGAGUUUUACCCUGUCAGGGGCCCUGAAACGACACGAGAGAAUACACACAGGAGAGAAGCCUUACCACUGCCCCGAAUGUGGAAAGAGCUUUAGUCACUUUAGAAACAUGAAAGCUCACAAGAGAAUACACACAGGGGAGAAGCCUUACCACUGCUCCCAGUGUGGCACGUGUUUUAACCGGUUAUGGGGCCUGAAAAGACAUGAGAGAAUACACACAGGGGAGAAGCCUUACCACUGCUCCCAAUGUGGCAGGUGUUUUAGCCUUAUCAUGUACCUGAAAAGACAUGAGAGGAUACACACAGGAGCGAAGCCACACCAUUGCGCCCAGUGUGGAAAGAGUUUUAACAAGUUAGGAAACAUGAAAUCUCAUGAGCGAAUACACACAGGGGAGAAGCCUUACCACUGCUCCCAUUGUGGAAAGAGUUUCAGAGAGUCAGGAAAGCUGAACGCUCACAAGAGAAUACACACAGGGGAGAAGCCUUACCACUGCUCCCAGUGUGGAAAGCGGUUUAACCAGAAAGGUAAUCUGAAUGAACAUGAGAGAAUACACAGAGGGGAGAAGCCUUACCACUGCUCCCAGUGUGGAAAGUGUUUUAAACAGUCAGGGGAGCUGAAACGGCAUGAGAGAAUACACACAGGGGAGAAGCCUUACCACUGCUCCCAGUGUGGAAAGAGUUUUAACGAUUUAGGGAACCUGAAUCGACACGAGAGAAUACACACAGGGGAGAAGCCUUACCACUGCUCCCAGUGUGGAAAGCGGUUUAACCGGAAAGGUUAUCUGAAUGAACAUGAGAGAAUACACAGAGGGGAGAAGCCUUACCACUGCUCCCAGUGUGGAAAGCGGUUUAACCGGAAAGGUCAUCUGAAUGAACAUGAGAGAAUACACAGAGGGGAGAAGCCUUACCACUGCUCCCAGUGUGGAAAGUGUUUUAAACAGUCAGGGGAGCUGAAACGGCAUGAGAGAAUACACAGAGGGGAGAAGCCUUACCACUGCUCCCAGUGUGGAAAGAGUUUUAACAAUUUAGGGAACCUGAAUCGACACGAGAGAAUACACACAGGGGAGAAGCCUUACCACUGCUCCCAGUGUGGAAAGUGUUUUAAACGGUCAGAGGACCUGGAACGACACGAGAGAAUACACACAGGGGAGAAGCCUUACCACUGCUCCCAGUGUGGAAAGCGGUUUAACCAGAAAGGUCAUCUGAAUGAACAUGAGAGAAUACACAGAGGGGAGAAGCCUUACCACUGCUCCCAGUGUGGAAAGAGUUUUAACGAUUUAGGGAACCUGAAUCGACACGAGAGAAUACACACAGGGGAGAAGCCUUACCACUGCUCCCAGUGUGGAAAGUGUUUUAAACGGUCAGAGGACCUGGAACGACACGAGAGAAUACACACAGGGGAGAAGCCUUACCACUGCUCCCAGUGUGGAAAGAGUUUUAACGAUUUAGGGAACCUGAAUCGACACGAGAGAAUACACACAGGGGAGAAGUUAUAUUUAUGCUCCCACUGUGGAAAAUGUUUUAACCAGUUAAGGGACCUGUACCGACAUGAGAGAAUACACACAGGGGAGAAAUCUUACCACUGCUCGCAGUGUGGAAAGUGUUUUAAUCUGUUAGGGAACCUGAAACAACAUGAGAGAAUACACACAGUUGAGAAGCCUUACCACUGCUCACAGUGUGGAAAGAGUUUUAACCAUUUAAGGAGCAUGAAAGUUCAUGAGAUAAUACACACAGGGGAGAAGCCUUACCACUGCUCCCAGUGUGGCAAGUGUUUUAACCAGUUAGGGAACCUGAAACAACAUGAGAGAAUACACACAGUUGAGAAGCCUUACCACUGCUCACAGUGUGGAAAGUGUUUCAACCGGUCAGGGGACCUGAAAAAACAUGAGAGAAUACACACAGGGGAGAAGCCUUACCACUGCUCACAGUGUGGAAAGAGUUUUAACCAUUUAAAGAGCCUGAAAGUUCAUGAGAUAAUACACACAGGGGAGAAGCCUUACCACUGCUCGCAGUGUGGAAAGUGUUUUAAUCAGUUAGGGAACCUGAAACAACAUGAGAGAAUACACACAGGGGAGAAGCCUUACCACUGCUCACAGUGUGGCAAGUGUUUUAACCGGUUAGGGAACCUGAAACGACAUGAGAGAAUACACACAGUUGAGAAGCCUUACCACUGCUCACAGUGUGGAAAGAGUUUUAACGAGCCUGAAACACACCUGAAAAAACAUGAGAGAAUCCACACAGGGGAGAUGCCUUACCACUGCCCCCAGUGUGGAAAGUGUUUUAAAUUCAUAGCACACCUGAAAAAACAUGAGAGAAUCCACACAGGGGAGAAGCCUUACCACUGCUCCCAGUGCGGAAAGAGUUUUACCAAUUUAGGGAACCUGAAAAACCAUGAGAGAAUACACACAGGGGAGAAGCCUUACCACUGCUCCCAGUGUGGAAAGUGUUUUAACAAGUUAGGGAACCUGAAACAACAUGAGAGAAGCCACACAGGGGAGAAGCCUUACCACUGCUCCCAGUGUGGAAAGGGUUUCAGCCGGCCUGCGGAUCUGAAACGGCAUGAGAGAAUACACACAGGGGAGAAGCCUUACCACUGCUCCCAGUGUGGAAAGAGUUUUAACAAUUUAGGGAACCUGAAAAGACAUGAGAGAAUACACACAGGGGAGAAGCCUUACCAUUGCUCCCAGUGUGGAAAGGGUUUCAACUGGCCUGCGGAUCUGAAACGGCAUGAGAGAAUACACACGGGGGAGAAGCCUUACCAUUGCUCCCAAUGUGGAAAUUUUAAAUUUAUAGCAUACCUGAAAGCUCAUGAGAGAAUACACACAGGGGAGAAGCCUUACCACUGCUCUCAGUGUGGAAAGAGUUUUAACUCUAAAGGACUCCGGAACCAGCACGAGAGAAUACACACAGGGGAGAAGCCUUACCACUGCGCCCAGUGUGGAAAGGGUUGGCAGCUGAAACGGCAGGAGAGAAUACACACAGGGGAGAAGCCUUACCAUUGCUCCCAGUGUGGAAAGAGUUUUAACGAUUCAGGGAACCUGGAAAGACAUGAGAGAAUACACACAGGGGAGAAGCCUUACCAUUGCUCCCAGUGUGGAAAGAGUUUUAGCCAGUCAGGGGAGCUGAAACAACACGAGAGAAUACACACAGGGGAGAAGCCUUACCAUUGCUCCCAGUGUGGAAAGAGUUUUAAUGUUUCAGGGAACCUGAAAACUCACGAGAGAAUACACACAGGGGAGAAGCCUUACCACUGCUCCCAUUGUGGAAAGAGUUUUAAUCAUUCAGGGGAGCUGAAAAGGCAUGAGAGAAUACACACAGGGGAGAAGCCUUACCACUGCUCCCAGUGUGGAAAGUGUUUCAACCAGUCAAGGGACCUGUACCGACAUGAGAUAAUACACAAAGGGGAGAAGCCUUACCACUGCUCCCAGUGUGGCAAGUGUUUUAAUAACCAGUUAGGGAACCUGAAACAACAUGAGAGAAUACAUACAGUUGAAAAACCUUACCACUGCUCACAGUGUGGUAAGUGUUUUAAUAACCAGUUAGGGAACCUGAAACAACAUGAGAGAAUACACACAGGGGAGAAGCCUUACCACUGCUCCCAGUGUGGCAAGAGUUUUAAACAUUUAUGUAAACUGAAAAUUCAUGAGAGAAUACACACAGGGGAGAAGCCUUACCACUGCUCCCAGUGUGGCAAGUCUUUCAACUGGUCAGGGGAUCUGAAAAAACACGAGAGAAUACACACAGGGGAGAAGCCUUACCACUGCUCCCAGUGUGGCAAGUGUUUUAACAACUUAGGGAACCUGAAAGUUCAUGAGAUAAUACACACAGGGGAGAAGCCUUACCACUGCUCACAGUGUAGAAAGAGUUUUAACCAUUUAAGUAACCUGAAAGAACAUGAGAUAAUACACACAGGGGAGAAGCCUUACCACUGCUCAGAGUGUGGAAAGUGUUUCAACCGGUCAGGGGAUCUGAAAAAACACAAGAGAAUACACACAGGGGAGAAGCCUUACCACUGCUCCCAGUGUGGAAAGUGUUUUAACCAAUUAAGCAACCUGAAAGAACACAUGAGACUACUGGAAGGAGAAGAGAAGAAAGGAUCAGAUUUGACUCAUCAAAGAGGAAAACCAAACUUCGAGGAACCAAAGAUGUCCAAACCAGCAAGACGACACCUCUGCUCCCAAUGUGGAAAGAGUUUUAACCAGUUAGGAAGCCUGAAAGCUCAUGAGCGAAUACACACAGGGGAGUUGCCUUACCACUGCUCCCAGUGUGGAACUAGGUUUACCAAAUUAGGAAGCCUGAAAAGACAUGAGAGGAUACACACAGGAGCGAAGCCACACCAUUGCGCCCAGUGUGGAAAGAGUUUUAACAAGUUAGGAAACAUGAAAUCUCAUGAGCGAAUACACACAGGGGAGAAGCCUUACCACUGCUCCCAUUGUGGAAAGAGUUUCAGAGAGUCAGGAAAGCUAAACGCUCAUAAGCGAAUACACAGGGGAAAGCCUUACCGCUGCUCCCACUGCGGAAAGCGUUUUAACCAUUCAGGAAAGCUGAAAGAACACAUGAGACUGCACACAGGGGAGAACCCUUGCAAAUGCUCAGACUGUGGGAAGACAUAUUACUCAUCACGGUCACUUAAACGUCAUGUGAGAAUCCACACGGGAGAAAGAAGACACCAGUGUUCCCACUGUGGAAAGUGUUUUAACCAGUUAAGGGACCUGUACCGACAUGAGAGAAUACACACAGGGGAGAAAUCUUACCACUGCUUGCAGUGUGGAAAGAGUUUUAACCAGUCAGGGGAUCUGAAAAAACAUGAGAGAAUACACACAGGGGAGAAGCCUUACCACUGCUCCCAGUGCGGAAAGAGUUUUAACCAUUUAAGGACUCUGAAAGUUCAUGAGAUAAUACACACAGGGGAGAAGCCUUACCACUGCUCCCAGUGUGGAAAGUGUUUCAACCGGUCAGGGCAUCUGAAAGAACAUGAGAUAAUACACACAGGGAAGAAGCCUUACCACUGCUCCCAGUGUGGCAAGUGUUUUAACCGGUCAGGGAACCUGAAAGAACACGAGAGAAUACACACAGGGGAGAAGCCUUACCACUGCUCCCAGUGUGGAAAGAGUUUUAACCAUUUAAGGACCCUGAAAGUUCAUGAGAUAAUACACACAGGGGAGAAGCCUUACCACUGCUCCCAGUGUGGCAAGUGUUUUAACCAUUUAGGGAACCUGAAACAACACAAGAGAAUACACACAGGUGAGAAGCCUUACCAAUGCUCCCAGUGUGGAAAGUUUUUCAGCCAGUCAGGGGAUCUGAAAAAACAUGAGAUAAUACACACAGUGGAGAAGCCUUACCACUGCUCCCAGUGUGGAAAGUGUUUCAACCGGUCAGGGCAUCUGAAACAACAUGAGAGAAUACACACAUGGGAGAAGCCUUACCACUGCCCCCAGUGUGGCAAGUGUUUUAACCGGUCAUGGAACCUGAAAAAACAUGAGAGAAUACACACAGGGGAGAAGCCUUACCACUGCUCCCAGUCUGGAAAGAGUUUUAACCAAUUAAACAACCCGAAAGAACACAUGAGACUACUGGAACCAGACUCAGAGGAACCAGAGCCAGGGACGUCCAAACCAGCAAGACAACACCAGUGCUCCCACUGUAGAAAGGGUUGUAACAGGUUAUGGGACCUGAAACAACAUGAGAGAAUCCACACAGGGGAGAAGCCUUACCACUGCUCCCAGUGUGGAAGGAGUUUUAGCCAUAAAGGAAAGCUGAACCAACACGAGAGAAUACACACAGGGGAGAAGCUUUAUCACUGCUCCCAGUGCGGAAAGAGUUUCAACCUGCCGGGGAACCUGAAAAAACAUGAGAGAAUACACACAGGGGAGAAGCCUUACCACUGCUCCCAGUGUGGAAAGAGUUUCAACCAGCCGGGGGAGCUGAAAUGGCAUGAGAGAAUACACACAGGGGAGAAGCCUUACCACUGCUCCCAGUGCGGAAAGAGUUUUAACGAUUUAGGGAACCUGAAAAAACAUGAGAGAAUACACACAGGGGAGAAGCCUUACCACUGCUCCCAAUGUGGAAGGAGUUUCAACCAGCCGGGGGAGCUGAAAUGGCAUGAGAGAAUACACACAGGGGAGAAGCCUUACCAUUGCUCCCAGUGUGGAAAGGGUUUCAACCGGCCGGGGGAGCUGAAAUGGCAUGAGAGAAUGCACACAGGGGAGAAGCCUUACCACUGCUCCCAGUGUGGAAGGAGUUUUUGCCAUAAAGGAAACCUGAACCAACAUGAGAGAAUACACACAGGGGAGAAGCCGUACCACUGCUACCAGUGUGGAAAGGGUUUCAACCGGCCUGCGGACCUGAAACGGCAUGAGAGAAUACACACAGGGGAGAAGCCUUACCGCUGCUCCCAAUGUGGAAGGAGUUUCAACCAGCCGGGGGAGCUGAAAUGGCAUGAGAGAAUACACACAGGG